CAUCACAUCCUUUACUACUCAAGCCUCUUCUGGAAGAAGCAUUCCUUGCCGGCCGCCCGAGGUGCACCAACUUGACAAUCUAGCGAUUUUAAGUCAGGGAAAAUGUUUAAACGUACAGACUGGAUGCAUUUGAAGGGCCGGGGCGGCGGCGCGAGCGACGACUCGAGCAGCGACGAUUCCGAAAGUGAGCCCGAGGUCGAGGAGAGCAGCGACGAGGGUGAGGGCAGCGACGACAGCGGCAGCUCUGGCGGCGAGCAGGAGCUCGGGCGCGGGGACAACGACGAGGAGGGUGACGGCAAGGUGCGACCGGACCGGCGAAGCCUUUACGUCGACAGCGACGACGACGGGCCGCCCCGCAAGCGGUUCGCGCGCAGCUUCGAUGACAUCAGCGACCCUGACGAGGACGAGGAGGACGACGAGGGCGCUGCGGGCGAGGAUGAGGACGUCUCGGGCGAUGGCAUCACGGCAGAGCACGUCGUCAAGGCGUGGACCAGUGACGACCCCACAGUCAACAGUUUCAAGGGCAUUCCGCUGCGCUGCGUCAUGUGCGACGUGCUGUUGUUGAACCGGACCAUCUACACGGAGCACGUGGGGUCCAAGAAACACCGCAACAAGCUCAAGGGCUGGCCGGCCGGCGCGCUGGACCCAAUCCGCAUCGCCUCGGAGACGCGGGCGCCAGGGCAGAAGGACUCUGACGAGGAGGAGGAGGAGGCGGAGACGCACGGCGAGCGGCUGGCGCGCAUGGCGCAGCUGGCGGCGGCGACGGCGGCGGCGACGGCGGCGGCAGCGGCAGCGGCCGCGGGGCCGUCUUCAGCGGCGGCCGCGAAUGGCGCUGGCGGCAAGAAGAAGGCAGCAGCAGUCAAGAAGGCCGCGCCUGUGCCUGCACCGGCCGGCUCCGACUCUGAAGACGGAGAGGGCGCGGCGGCAGCAGUUGACAGCGGGAGCGAUGGCGAUGAUGAGCAGGAGGACGCGGAGGAGGAGCAGCCGCAGCAGCAGCAGAAGGGCGGGAAGGCGGCGGGCGGCGCGGCGAGCGACAAGAAGAAGCGGAAGCGGGUGAACCGCAAGGUCGGCAAGCGCGAGCGGGAGGCACUCAAAGCCGCGAUCGCGGCGGGCACUGUGCCUGCCGGGACCAAGCCGGUGAUGGAGAAGAAGAAGAAGCAGAAGAAGGGCAAGGAGGGCGGCAAGGAGGCCAGGAAGGAGGCCAGGAAGGAGGGCGCGGGUAAAGAGGCGGGCAAGAUCAAGCCAAUCGGCGGGCCUAAGAAGGCGGCCGCGAGCUCUGGCGCUGGCGCGGCAGGUGGCAAGGCGAAGGCUGCAGCGCCGUCGGAAGCGCCGGCAGCCGGUGUCGCCGCCGCCAAGGGCAAGGGCAAGGGCACGCCCGGAGCCGCUGCAGCUGCGCAGCAGGCGGCGGGAGGCAAGAAGCCUCAGGCAAACGCGGGGCAACAGCAGAAGCAGGGGCAGCAAGGGAAGCCAGCGGGGGCCAAGGCCGUCAAGCCAUCCCCAGCGGCGAAGAAGCCCCGGACGGCGUGAGCGCAACGGGCGCCAUUGCAGCGGACUGUGCGUGUGUGUAUGUUUGGAUUGGGCAGGCCACGGCAGCACGGCGUUGAUGCCCACCUGGCGCAAGUGACAAGCCCCACAGUGGUGUGUGGGCUCGCAUGCGUUCGGGGGGCAUCGAUGUUGUCUUGCUCACGACUGUGACGGGCUACUGCAUGAACUGUUCUGAAGCCCGGAUGCGUGGUUGGGGACAAGCACAGUGAUGCUCAUUGGGGCGUUUGAAGCACCUCGAGCAAUUGUGAGCAGUUACGGCCCAUUUGGUGCGGCCCCGGGGCGAUAAAGGGGCACUACUGGAGUAAUACGUGUCGUGUCAACGUGUUCAAGACAGCCCUACCUGGAGGUAUUCAGUACCGUACCGUAAUUAUCAGCAUCACCGGCUUACAGCCUACAGACAGUUCUGUGAACAGGGAAGCAGACGCCUGUACGGCUAGCAGCGGGCCUGUUGAGUAUCCGCCUGUCGCCUUGCCUCUUCCCUGAGGCAUGAGCUUUUUUUUUAGGAACCAUCCUUACAGGAUUGAACGGAAGCAGAGUUAGCAGACUGCCAGCAAAGUGCCAGCCGCAGGGGCCCAAUUGAGCCCGCUCAUGUCUGGACCUCUGCAGCGUCUGACAAUUACAUAUGCCUCUACUGUUCU